AUGUGGAAAUUGAAAAGAGAUAUUGAAGACGAUGAAGAUUUACAUAAACCAACUUUACAAAAAAGAUAUUUGUUUGGUGUCGAUGAACUUCUAAAAAAUUUACAAGAUGAUGAUAUUGUUUUGAAUGGAGAAUUGCGAUCUAGCUUUAAAAACUUUUUGAGGAUGUCAACUGAAGAUUUCGAAAACUUAAUAUGUCUCAUCCGUCCAGCAAUUCACAAACAAAAUACUAAUUGGAGAACUGCUAUUAGUGUGACUGAACAUUUAGCUUUGACUUUAAGGUUCUCGGCGACGGGAGACUCUUACCUGAGCACUCAUUUACUCAGUCAAUAUCUCUUAUGCCUUCGAGCUCAGAAGAAUGUAAAAAAAAGAGCUUUUGAUUAUAAUAAAAUUGGGAAUUUUCCGCAAUGCGGCGGAUCUAUCGACGGAAAACAUGUCGAUAUUGAAGCACCAAUACUAAGUGGAAGUGAAUUUUAUAAUUAUAAAGGCACAUUUAGCAUUGUACUAUUUGCUAUUGUAGAUGCUAACUAUAAUUUUAUUUACGUUAAUGUUGGUUGUCAAGGUCGUAUAUCGGACGGAGGAGUAUUUAAAAGUACUGGAUUUCAAAAUCUCAUGGAAAAUUCUACUUUGAUCCUUCCAGAUAAAAGAGCACUGCCAGGUCGGGACAAAUUGAGCCUAAAUGUUUCCGAAGCUGAUGAUGCUUUUCCUCUUUCACCCAAUAUAAUUAAACCCUAUAGUGUAGCGAAUCUCAACAGAUUCUUCACUUAG